GCUGCGUGGCGCUGCACUGCUGCGGCCGAGCGUGAACUAAGCAGAGCAGGAGACAAAAGCAACAAAGUGAGCCCCUCCGGAUCAAUCAAAUGUGUAAGAUUUAACUGUUUAGGAGCCGAAACCAAGCUCUGACAUUGCCGCACAGCACCGUCUCCUUAAAUGGGGUGGGACAGGCAGACCUCCUGUGCCCCAUGUAGCCUCAUCCAAACUACAUCACCUGCAUAAUGUUGCUGUAUCCAUGACGACACCCGCUGAAACUCCCUUCAUCUGAAGACACUGCCUCAUUAUUCACCACCAGUUUUUGGGCUGCUACAAUGGACGGAGAGGAGGAGGUCUCUCACAUGAGCGAUGACUUGGACAGUGACUUUAACAGCAUCAUAGAAAGAAAAAAAAGGGAAGCGAAAGGGAGAUGUUUAAGAAUUGAGGGAGAAGAUGGCUAUGUGUUUCAAUCCUACAGCUUGCACUCACAAAGAAGCUCAGUUACAAAGAAGGCUCUCUCUAGUCAAUCUACUACACUGGAUACUGCAACGUCUCUUAAUUUAUCUCAGGUGAACAAAGCUAAAGUACCAGAUUCUCAAGAUGCUGACACUGAUAAUAUGGAGUGUGAAAACUAUGAAAACGGAAAUGAAGAAAAUCUACAUAACAAAGACAAUUGUGAUGAUCUAAAUGGCUUAGAGGACAUUCCCGAUGAUGAAAGUUUAGCUUUCGGCAGCUCAGUUGGCCCAUUUGUAACUAAAGACUGUGAUGAUUAUUCUAGUUUACUAAGUGGAUACUCAAGUACACUCUAUGAUGUUGCAAUGGACGCUGUAACACAGAGUCUUUUGUCAUCUGUAAGAAGUCAGUCAAACGCAAGGAAAAAGUCCCCUGCCUGGAAUCACUUUUGUAUAUCUCCACGAGACAGUACCAAAGCAAUCUGUUUAUACUGCAUGAAAGAGUUCAGCCGAGGUAAAAACGAGAAAGACCUGAGUACUAGUUGUUUGAUGAGGCAUGUACGAAGGGCUCACCCCACUGUGCUUUUGCAAGAUGGCACAGAUGCAUCCUCGGCCAGUUUCACCAACUCUCUCGCCUCACCCUUGAUACCUCUUUCUCCAAACUCACCAAAAAAUGGAGACUUGACAAAUGAUGUCAUUCCUCCUGCCUCAAAGAUCACUUCACUGUCCACCUCUGAAGGAGAAAAUUCAGACCAGUCAUCCAAAGAAGUGUUACCCAAAGUCGAACCAAAACUAGAACCAUUUCCCAAUGUUGACUCUUUUAGCUCUCUACUCUUAUCACAUUCCAAUGACAUUAGUGAAGAGCUGUCAGACGGAGGACAAGAGCGACUUCCUGGGACCACCAAAAGUGCAAGCACACGUCGCAGAUCUGCUGUAUGGAAACACUUCUACCUGUCACCUACAGACAGUUCUAAAGCAGUGUGUAUUCAUUGCAUGAAUGAAUUCAGUAGGGGCAAAAAUGGUAAAGAUCUUGGAACAAGUUGUCUCAUACGACACAUGUGGAGGGCCCAUAAAGAGGUAGUAAUUGAGGAAAAUGGACAAGGCAAUCACAUUCCCCCUCCAUACACUGCCCCACCGUCCCUUUUGUCUCGAACUCAGCUACAAGAUGCACUGGAUAUUAAAAAAUCUCCCCAGCUUCCCUCCUCACCAGAAACAACAUCUGACGAUAUACCCCAAAAUCUAAAUAUCAAAGAUGAGUGUGAAGAAAUCCUGCCCCCCUCAGAGCAAGAGUCCUCUCUCAAUCUGUCUUUGCCUGCUCAAGAAGAUGGCACGUCCCUUAACUCGUCACCUUGCAAUCUGUCAGAAGGGCCAAGCACCACUCAGGACCACUCCAUUUUUCAGCAAAACAAAAAAAUAAUGAAAAGGGUGAAGUCUGAAGUAUGGCAUCAUUUUAUAGUGUCACCAGUUGAUCAGUUAAAAGCACUGUGCCGCUAUUGUCCGUGUGUCAUCAGUCGGGGGAAGCGGGGUGACUUUGGUACAAGCUGUUUAAUGAGACAUCUUAUGAGACGGCAUCCGGAUGUCCUCAAAAACACAAAAGUUGACGACAAAGAAACCUCUCUGCUUCCCUUUACCAGCCUCAUUCCAACGGAUGAACUUACUUCACAAGAAGCAGAAAGCCCUCCUGAAAAAGAGAAAAAGUCACCGUCAAGUAAGAAGACAUCCAAACUGUGGAAUCAUUUCUCUAUUUCUUCCACUGACCCGACAAAAGUAGUUUGUUUGCACUGUAACCGCACAAUGAGCAGAGGCAAAAAAACAACAAACCUCGGCACGAGCUGUCUGUUUAGGCACAUGCAGAGGUUUCAUGGACAUGUUCUUGAAACUAAAAAGACUUCUAUCUCAGGUGAUGUGCCCUCUGCUGAAACUGAUGUAAAACAAGAGCUAACAUAUGAACAGAAUAAUGACAUGUAUGAUGAACAUCACCCGGUUGCCAAAAAAAUCACCAAACUAUUAGCAGAAAUGCUUGCACUGGAUUUGCAGCCCUCAGCUAUUGUGGAGAAUGCUGGAUUGAACCGACUACUAGAGUACCUCCAGCCUCAGUAUUCUCUGCCGCCCUCCUCUUACUUUACCAGCACUGCCAUACCUGACAUGUAUGAGAGGGUCAAGGACGUAGUACUCACCCACCUGAAAGAAGCAGAAGGUGGCGUAGUGCACUUCACCACCAGUAUUUGGGUCAGUAGUCAGACAAGGGAAUACCUGACCCUUAAUGCUCACUGGGCCUCAUACGAGUCCAGGGUCAAGCCUCAGGGUCAGGACUUUCAUUGCUCUGCUCUCCUCAGUGUCUCCCAAAUAGACUGUGACACUGACAUGCAGGACAUCCCAAAGCAGCUGGAAUAUUUGUGGGACACGUGGGUCACCUCAUCAAGGCUGAAGAGAGGGUUCAUUGUAACUGACAACAACACCAUUAGAAACACAUUGGAGGACCAUGGCCAUGCUACCAUGCAGUGUUUUGGACAUACUGUUGAUCUAAUUGUUAAUGAAGCCAUAAAGAGUCAGAGAAUGGUUCAAAACCUCCUGAGUAUAGCCCGAAAGAUCUGUGAACGUGUGCACCGCUCAGCAAAGGCCAAGGAAAAACUGGCUGAACUGCAGAGGGCGCACGAGCUGCCCGAAAAUCAGCUGAUCCAGGAUGUCCCCUCAAAAUGGCGGACGUCAUUCUUUAUGCUGGAGCGGAUGGUGGAGCAGAGGAAAGCCAUUGAUGAACUGUCCAUUGAGUGCAAUUUCAGGGAAAUAAUCAGCUGUGACCAGUGGGAAGUGAUGCUGUCAGUCUGCAAUGCACUGAAACCUUUCGAAGUGGCCUGCAGGGAGAUGGUCACUCGCACUGCCACUCUGGGACAAGUUAUACCACUCAUACACAUCCUCAAUAGAAAAAUAGACCUACUAUUCGAUGAGACUGUGGGUAUUGACAAUAUGCUGAAAUCUCUCAAAGAGGCAAUGGUCAGUAGGAUGUCGUCAAUGCUGCAUGACCCCCGCUACACCUGGGCCACUAUGUUAGACCCACGAUACAAAACCUCCCUUUUCACAGAGGAGGAGGCCGAGUGUUGUAAACAAGACCUGAUCCGUGAGCUGGACUCGGACUGCACUACCUCAGAUGAUGUAAAUUCCCAUUUGGCCAAUGGCUGCGACGAGUCUUACAAAACAUCAAACUCAAAGAAAGACAACCUAUGGACUCUUAUGAACGACGUCAGACAAGACAAACAUGAGGAGAAACCAAAGUCUUCAGAGCUGGCAGUGCUGGAGUACCUCGAGGAAGACAUACUUGAUCAAAACUGUGAUCCGCUUGAUUAUUGGAACCUUAAAAAGUUCUUGUGGCCCAAUUUAGCCAAAGUAGCCGCCCGUUAUGUUGGCUGUCCCCCCAGCAUUAUCCCAGCAGAAACAUUGUUCAGCACAGCAAGUGUCAACUGUGCCCUCAAUCAACCUAGACCUCUACUGGAAAACAUGGAAGGUCUACUCUUCCUCAAGGUUAACCUGCCGAUGAUUUAUUUUCAAUACUGAUCCUAUUAUAGCAUUAGCAACCCUUUAAAAACCAGGACCAAGCCACGUAGCUGUGAAGUUAAGGUAUUUUUAAUUGUACAAUAACGGCCAUUAUCAAAAUAAGGUGAUAUUUCUGGCUCAGAAAAGCUCAAAAUUCAAGUUACACUUUUUGCAGAUGUUAAGGGGCAACCUAAAUAUUGUUAUUUAUGUCAUAAUUGUAAGUUUAUAGUAUUAUUUUUUUCAGUUCCGUGCCAUUGGUGUUACAGCUUUUUGAAAGACAAACACACAGGCAAAAAUGCAAUAAAAUGGAAAGAUGUAAUAAUUUUAUGUGAAAUUAUGGUAAAUGGUAACAUCAGCAGUGUAACACCAUUGCCUCUACAUUAGAAAGUGUCUAUUUAUGUAAUAGGGGGCUGCAACAUCAGUUACUGUAACACCAAUGACAAAUUUCUAUAAAAUGUAACUUCUUAAAUAUUGUUUCUCACUGCAAAAGUAACAUUCUGUAUCCUAGUAAGAUAGGUUCAAUUAGAAAAUGAUACAAUUACGUUUAAGAAAAAUGCUUUAUACUGUUGCAAAAGAGCAUAACAAAAAUGAUGUUUCAAAGUGAACUAUGGUAAAAUUUGAUGUUUUAAAGUUUUGUUUUUUUUACUUUAACUAAUCAAAAGGCACCCGCAAAUGUUUCACAGAAAUAGUCUUUUUUACAUGGUCAUUUCUGAUCUGAGAAAUAUUUGCUCACAUAUUUUUUUAACAUACAAAAUACUGGUUAGUAAUGCGGAUAAGACCAAUGACAAAAUCAGGGGAUACUUUUGAUCACUUAUUUUUGCUUAGUUUAGCCCAUGGUAUUUGCUUCAUAUUUGAAAAGUUUUCCCAUAAUCAGAUAUGGAUUUUUUUUUUAAUGUUUCUGUAUGUUUACAUAGGGGUUAAGUAUACCAAUACUUAAUAAAUAAUAGUUAUUUAAAAAGUAAAAAUUACAAAAUUAUGAUCUGAAACCAUCACCAUUGUAUAAAAGUGUGUUGGAUUGAAUGCUUUUGGCUAGUUUGAGUAUGUUACUUUGAAAAGGUUUUUAGUUAGUUAUGGCUGGAUAUUGUGGGGACAUGUUUGUCACCUUAUUUUGAAAAUGGCCCAUAUCAAUUUAUACACUGAUUUUUCAAUGCAAAAGGCCAGACUUGGAGGGUUAAUUGUAUUGUACUACUGUUAAAACACUUUGAAAAGUGUAUCAGGGAGGGAGGGGGUUUCUAGCUGUAGGGGUUUGUUAUGUGUUGCUUGUAAAUUUUCUUUGUCUUGUGUCUUCUCUCUCUCCUUGUGCCUUACCAAAAAACUACUUCAGGUCAAAAUGCUGUACAUAUUUUUUUCUUUACAUUUUUGAUCAGAUCACAUCAGGAUGUUUUUUGAUCACUAUGAAUUAUGAUCAUGAUGUUUUUGUUUUGUUUUUUUAAUGAACUUUCGCCCAAAAAUAAAUGCUGUGACUGAAAAAUGUGUUAAGUUAAUAUUAUUUAAUUUCAUUGUGAAUUGUGGCUCGCGGUACUGUCAUUUAGAAAUAGAAUUUCUAUUUUACUUAAACUUGCUGAAAUGUUAUUGCUGUAUUUUGAGAGUAAACCAUUUGUCUUCAUUAUACAAUUUGUCUAUUAAGCACAAUUUAAGUUUGUCUGGGAUUAAAUUAUGGGUUUAAUAUUGAGUAAACAAUGUACUGUACAUUUUUAUAAUAAAUUACUUCAGAACCUAAUUUCAUAAAUGUUUUAGGAUUGAGACUGGAACCAUGCAAAUUUUGUGGUUGUUUGUAAAUAAAGGUUUUCCUUAUGCACACAAA